UAAACAAAGUGGCAGUAUAUCAACCAAUUAAAAAAUUUACAAGUCAAUAUUUAAAACGAUUUCCAAGAAGAAGGACAAAUAUAAAAAUAGUCACUUCGAUUAUAGAAAACAGAGGAAAAUAAAACGAAAAAAGGAUGCAACAAGGACAACAGAGAAAGAAACAACAUAAACAAUUAAUAUCCUUAAAGGAAAUAAACAAUUUAUUUAAAAAGCAAAAGCAAUCCUAUAAACACAGAAGGUAUUAAGGGAAAUAGUCAGAAAUAGCAAUAUAAACUGCGACAACUAUUAACGGAAAAUUGAAAUAAACAGUAUAAAAUAUAGAAUAAUUGGAAGAAAAGAAGAAUACGCUGCUGCACGCAGGGAUUGCUAUUGCAGCAAAAGGAUUGCUUUUGCAGCAAAAGACAAGUUUGUCUUUAAGCUGUUAAGAGGAUUUGCAUGGAUCAAAAGAGCAUCACCAUAACAUUUAAGUGCUACAACAACUAUUGGAAAACACUAGCUACCACCAACACCACCGCCCUUAAAAAAGAAGUCACUCACACGUUUUCUGUUUUACAAUUUUUUUAAAAAGAAUACACACACACAGAGUAACAAUAAUCAAUCAAUCAAUGACAUCAACGAACAUUUACUUCAUACUCUUGCAUGUAUGCAUGUAAAAAAACACAAGGAUACAAAAGACACACACACCGUUUUGCUCUCAAAAAAAAAAAAACAAAUUCUGAUUAUUUACUUGAAACGUAUAUCCUUUCAAGUAGAUUGCAAAAAGCUUGAGAAAAAACUUAAACUUUAAAAAAAUGAAAAAUAACAGCGAAUUUAAACGAAAACUAUUUAUAAAUAAAACCCAAUUACAUGAUGAAUGUACAAAUCAAAAAGAAAAUAUUGAAAAAUCCCUAAAAUACAAAACUCCUAAAACUAUGCAAUAUAACUAUGAUAGCAGAAUAGUUAAGAAAACAUUGAAAACAUCAACAAUAACAACUGCAACACCACCACUAAUGAUGACAACUUUGUCAACAACAUUAUCAUCAUCGUCAUCAUUAUCGCCAUUAUUAUCAUCAUUAGCAGCACCAUUGACGAUAUCAUUAAAAACACAAACAUCUACAGCAGCAAACGAAGAAACUAACAAAUUAAAGGAAAUACAACGAGAUCCUUUGCAACAACAACAGCAGCUACAACAAACUGAGUUAAAAUGCCACCUGCAAAAUAACAACGACAAAUAUGUUCAAUCAUCAGUACAGACACAGCAGCAACAACAACAAGCAGCAACAACAGCAACAUUUGUAAAGUCAACAAUUUCCAAUGAUAUUAACACCGGAAAUACGUUGCUAUCAUAUGUUUACAAUAAUAAAACAACAACCAACAACAGCAGCAGCAGGAAUAACAAAAAUAAUGAUGAAGAAAAUAAAGACGACGACAAUAAUGAUAAUGUAACAUCCUUGAGAGUAACAUCAACACCAGCAGCAGCUAAAACUUCCUGUUUAAGCAACACCAUCAACAAUAAUAAUAAUGAUAAAGACAUCAUCAUAACCUCAACAUUAUCAGCGGCCUCAUUGUCAUCACCAUCGUUAAUACAUCAUGAACAUCGUCGUCAGAAAGUUAUUGCCACUAACACUCAAACCACCACCACCAGCACCACGAGCACCUACAAACACUCAGCCCUUUAUCAUGAAAUGGACAACAGCUUAAGCAGUUUUAAAUUUUGGAAAACCACCACCCACUCCUCGUCUUCAAAUGUCACCAACAAAUCCUGCUACUAUUUAUACUCUUCCUCGAAUGUCAUUUGGCUAUUGGCUUUAGUGUCGAUGUUCAGCUUAUUCGGUUGCGGUCAUGCUGGCUUUGCUUGCCUCAGUAAUCCUUGUGUCUUUGGCGUUUGUAUUGACGGUCUAAAUAGCUCCUAUUCCUGUUAUUGUAUUGACGGUUAUACUGGUAUACAAUGUCAAACGAAUUGGGAUGAAUGCUGGUCGGGACCCUGUCAAAAUGGUGGUACAUGUAUAGAUGGCGUGGCCUACUACAAUUGUACAUGUCCAGAUGGUUUUUCAGGAACGGACUGUGAAGAGAACGUUGAUGAGUGCAUGUCAAAUCCAUGUCAAAAUGGCGGACAUUGUCGCGACCGUAAUAACGGUUAUACGUGUACUUGUCAACCCGGUUAUUUGGGAGACCAUUGUGAAGUUGAUGUCGCUGUAUGUGAAACGGGCACCGGAGCUAGAUGUCAAAACGGUGGCGAAUGCAUUGAAGGACCUGGUCUUGAGUUUUCCUGUGAAUGUGUCCCCGGUUGGCAUGGACGCAUCUGUCAGGAAGAAAUCAAUGAAUGCGACUCCUCACCGUGCCAAAAUGGCGGUGUCUGUGUGGACAAAUUGGCCAGUUAUGUGUGUGCCUGUCCCAUGGGCUAUACGGGGACAAAUUGUGAAGAGGAAAUACUAAUAUGUGCCGAUAAUCCUUGUCAAAAUAAUGCCCUCUGUCUGAUGGAGGAAGGCGUGCCCACAUGUUAUUGUGUGCCCGAUUAUCAUGGCGAGAAAUGUGAAUAUCAAUAUGAUGAAUGUCAGCUGGGUCCCCGAUGUAUGAAUGGUGGUGUUUGUAUAGAUGGUGUAGAUACAUUUUCCUGUUCCUGUCCGCCGCUGCUAACGGGCAUGUUGUGUGAGUGUUUGAUGAUAGGAGAAGAUUCUUUGGAUUGUAAUUACACGGCACCAGCUACCGCUUCUCCUGCCACUUACAAACCCAGACCAACACCGGAAUUGACUACACCGAAGGGAGUGUCUACGACUGAUAUUAACGCAUUUGAAACUAAAUCACAAGAAGACAUAGAUGAAGGUGAGUCGAAAGAGACAAUGGAGGAAGAAGAAUCAAUAGAAAAACCAGGCUCAGCAACAGUAACAAUAACGGGUACUUCUACCACAGCCAUUACACCUCUACAUCCUACAUCAGAAUCCGAUGAAGAAGAGGAUGGCAGACACUUUACCAGUUACACCACAGAAACUCCAGCUUCUUAUGACAUUGAUUCUAAAGGCAGUUCCGAGACACCAUAUACUUCACAUACCAGUGCUUCAGAGGAUGUAGAUGAAUCGGAAGAAGGCACCACAGUUUUCUAGAUUUGAUGUAAGCCCAAGUGGUGAAUUUACCACGGCUAGGCCAAUUAUCACUAGUCAUGGUGUA